AAAAGUGAUGAUGAGGCUUCACACAGAGGAACAGUCCAUUUGCGCUUGUGGGGAACAGUCUUCCGUUUACUCGACGAUGGACACGUUUUGAAGAAGACGGCGUUUUAGGACAAGAUCUGGGUAUAUAUUCACGGCUGUUUGUAUCAGAUGGAGAAUGCUUCUAGUCAAAUAAAACAGUGAAUGAAUGCUCUAUAAGAGUUGGCAAAAGAAACGCAUCCACCCCAUCGAAACCAUGCUAUUUAUAGCAUCAGCAGUUGCGAUGUGAAGUUUGUUACACAGAAAUUUCAUAAGGGCGGAGGUAAAUGUUUUAAUAUUUCAUUUAAUCUGAACAGCAGGCUCCACAAAGAGCCUGCUGAUAACUCUAAACUUAAAUAUACAGGGAUGUCGAGGAAGAGUCGGGAUAUUUGCACACUUGGUAAAUCAACCAACCCAGCAUUGCCCACAGUGCCCUGCUCACAGGCCAGACAAACGCUUCCUCAUUAGCCUAGCUGAGUUCCUUAAAGUCUUCUUUCUGCUAGAGUUGUCUUUUUAGGUGUAGCUGUUAUCAUGGCAACUAGCGCGGUCCCUAGCGACAACCUCCCGACGUACAAAUUGGUGGUUGUUGGAGAUGGAGGCGUGGGAAAGAGUGCUCUUACCAUCCAGUUUUUCCAAAAGAUUUUUGUGCCAGAUUACGAUCCUACUAUUGAAGACUCCUACUUGAAACACACAGAGAUCGAUGGCCAGUGGGCUAUUUUGGAUGUUUUAGACACAGCAGGUCAAGAGGAAUUUAGCGCCAUGCGAGAGCAGUACAUGAGGACUGGUGACGGAUUCCUAAUUGUGUUCUCUGUGACGGACAAGGCCAGCUUUGAACACGUCGACCGGUUUCACCAGCUCAUUCUACGAGUGAAAGACCGAGAGUCUUUCCCCAUGGUUUUAGUGGCUAACAAAGUAGACCUGGUGCAUCUGAGGAAAGUGACAAAUGAACAGGGCUGUGAGAUGGCCGCCAAACACAACAUUACUUACAUUGAAACAAGUGCCAAGGAUCCUCCAAUGAAUGUGGACAGAGCCUUUCACGAACUAGUCAGAGUUAUCAGACAGCAAGUUCCAGAGCGUAGUCUGAAAAACAAGAAAAAGGCGAAGUGGCGUGGAGACAGAGCCAUGAGUUCUCACAAGCUUCACUGUGUGAUACUGUGAUAUUGUGUCUCUUCUGUUGGAAUCAUCAGCGCUUGGCAAGAUAAAAUGCCAGACAGGACUGACUAGAGAUCUGCACUAAUCAGAGGACCACAGACUUUAUCAAAAGAACUGGCAUGAAGCCAUACUAUCUCUUCCUGUCUCAGGGAAGCAUAUUAGGUGAGUGAAGGACUCAAUGCCUCCAGACCAAGGAGGAACAAUCAGUUCAACGUGUCCUAAUUGAAGCACUGCCUGAAACAACAAAAAUCAGAACAUGUUUGAUGUUUAAAAUACUAUGUGAAGCUAAAUUUAGUCCAGUAAGAUUACACUGUGGGUGGAGCUACCCAGAAAGAUGCAUCCAAACCGAAACCAUGCACCGCAGUCAUUCACGCACCUACAUCAAAAUUGUCUGCAGCUUCCAAACACUCAUAUAAUUAUGCGGAUGAUUGUUUUGUAGAGCUGUCUAAACAUUUUUUUUUUUUUUUUUUUUUGCAGUA